AUGCACAAUACCCCGCUAGAAGUGCAAGCAAUUUCCAACGUUUCGCUGGACGUGCGGCAGGGCGAAAUUCUGGGCGUUAUUGGCCAUACGGGGUCGGGUAAAUCGACCAUCAUUCAGCAUCUGAACGCUUUGCUGCGCCCCCACGAAGGCCACGCCCUUAUCUUCGGCAAUGAUACCGCCAAUCCCAAGACAGAUGUGUUGGCGAUUCGGCGGCGGGUUGGUCUUGUCUUUCAGCAGCCCGAGGCACAACUUUUCGAACAGUACGUUGGUGAUGACAUUGCCUACGGGCCGCGCAACCUCAAGCUGGAUAAGUCGACCGUUCGCGAGCGGGUUCGCAAGGCCAUGGCCGCGGUUGGGCUGGGCUUUGAUGAGUUCAAGGAUCGCAUCACCUUUAGCCUCAGCGGCGGCCAGAUGCGCCGUGUUGCUGUUGCUGGCGUGCUUGCGCUCGAGCCAGAAGUGCUGGUGCUGGAUGAACCAACCGCUGGGCUGGACCCGCAGGGGCGCAUUCAGCUGAUCGACCACAUCCUCAAACUUCAUCGCGAAGAGGGGAUGACGCUGGUGAUCAUCUCCCACAACAUGGAAGAGUUGGCCCAGCUCUGUCAUCGCAUCUGCGUGAUUGAGAACGGCACGGUGGCUAUGAUCGAAACACCGGACGUUAUCUUUGGUCAGCCGGAAAAACUGCGAGAAAUGGGCUUAGGAAUCCCACCGGUGACCGAUGCGGUUUAUCAGCUCCUGGGCGAUGCUGGGAGCAAAAAUAGCGCGCUGACAGUUGACCAAGCGGCUGAACUGCUGCUCGGCGUGUUCGGUGAUUCAACUGAAGGGGCCGCAGCAUGA